CGGACGCGACAGAUAUCCUUAUCAGCAUCACUAUCACUAGCGUCCCCACUUCCGCGCCCAGUGACUCAACAACCAACCACACGCCGCUAUAAAGAUGACGUUCACAACGCUGCAUCAACUCUCCAGUUCAUCCGGCUGUCAGGAUGGCGGCACUUGAUCUUGCCCUUAGCGAGUUUCUCGCACGUCCUCUCUCAUCGACAGCGAUACCUAUUAUCCUGCUCAUUUUGGCGCGUACGAUAUACCGCAUUUACUUCCAUCCACUAUCUCAUAUACCCGGACCAAUAUUACCAAAAAUCACUUCGCUAUGGCUCCACUAUCACGCCUACAUUGGCGACGAAGCCAGUACUAUUUAUCGUCUUCACGCCCAGUACGGCCCAUACGUGCGCGUAUCGCCCAAUGAGGUCGACAUCAGUGACGCCGAUGCUGUUCAACAUAUCUACGUCGCAAAAGGGGGUUUCAUGAAAGCCCCUUGCUACGCCAAUUUCGACAUUGAUGGUCACAGAUCGAUCUUCUCGACUACAAGCCCUGACUACAGAGCGCCAAGGGCUAAAGCUGUUGUUCCACUGUUCUCAACGAAGAGUCUGAGGGAGAACCGAGAUGAAAUCGCCGGGUGUGUGGACCGUAUGGUAAAGAGAUUAGGCGAAGAGGCACGCGCGAAGAAACCAGUCAACGUGUUAAACCUGACAAGAGCGUUAGCUGUGGAUGCUGUGUCGACGCACCUGUUCCGCGAGAACUAUGACGGAGUCAGCGAGAGUGGGCCGACUUUGAGCGUGGGUGCAUUCGUCGACGCCUUUGUAGCCGUUGGGCGCUUCUUUUACUUGCCGACUACGGUCUUUGUCUGGCUGGAAUGGGCGAUCGGGAAGUGGAUGGCCGACCAAGAAACGGAGGAGAGCAUGACACUUGUUGACAAGUUUGUCAGCAACUUGGUUUCCAGCACGUCUUCUAAGUCGCAAACCUACCCAGGCCGCUUGAUGGCCGCUGGUAUCAGCAAUUCGGAAGUCGAAGCGCAGUGCAAAGAUCUAAUUUUCGCUGGCACAGACUCGACAGGCAUGAACCUCGCAAUAAUCAUUAGAAGUCUUGUGAUGCAUCCCGAGAGGUACGAAAGAUUGAAGCAAGAGGUGGGUAGCAACGGCGCACGCGGCGCACAAGCUGGAGACAUCCAGGCUCUGCCUUACCUCACUGCAGUCGUCAAGGAAAGUCUACGGCUCAGCAUGGCCAAUCCCACACGUCUACCUCAUGUGGUACCGGCGGGUGGUUGGUUGUUCAAAGGUACGUUCUUCCCAGCGAACUCGAUAGUUGGAUGCGCAGCCUACGAACUUCACUUCAAUCCGGAUGUUUUUCCCGAGCCACGUGAGUUCAUGCCAGAGCGUUGGCUAGACGCCACGGAAGACAUGUCGAGAUACUGGUUUGCUUUUGGUGCAGGCAGUCGAGCGUGCAUAGCCAGGAACUUGGCGACUCUGGAGCUGCAUCUUGCAACAGAGAAACUGGCUAGCAGCAAAGUACUCGAUGGCGGACGGGCGGUGAAACAGGGUGAUGUUGAGAUCUAUGAGUGGUUCAAUUCCAAAGUCAAGGGAGAGAAGAUCGAAAUCAUCUGGACAUGAGAGAGGUAUGAGCUGGCUAUGUCGUUGAUACAAGCAAAUUUGAGCAAAUGCUUUACAUGUGGCCUCUGCUUGAUCUAGACAAGCUUUGCUUUCUUCCAGCACCAACUAUGGCGUCUUCUCAGCGUUUUCAUCCACCUUAUAUUGAGACCUCAAUACCACCAUUUG